GCUGGCGAGCGCAGGCGCACUGCGGCAGAGCAACGCAAGAUGGCGGCCGGGUGCGUCUCACGUUGGCUGGCGGAGGCGGCAACCGCUGCCGGGAGCUGCCGGGCGGGCGGCGGGGAGCCGCGACGCCUGGCGCUGGUGUUGGCUCUUGCCCGCUGGCGGAGCGUGGCCCCCGUCGCCUCUCGCGCGGCCCUGGCGCCGCGGGUGGGAAACCGCUGCGGAACCCGACCGCUUCCUCUCGUCUGGGCGGCCUCCUUCCACACCAGCCGCUCCUUCUCCUCCUCCAGCAGCAGCAAAGAGGAUUAUUACCAGAUUCUGGGAGUGCCUCGCUCCGCCAGCCAGAAGGAGAUCAAGAAAGCCUAUUACCAGCUGGCCAAGAAGUAUCAUCCUGACACCAAUAAGGAUGACCCUAAAGCAAAGGAAAAGUUUUCUCAAUUGGCUGAGGCCUACGAGGUCUUGGGAGAUGAAGUAAAGCGGAAGCAGUAUGAUGCUUACGGUACAGCGGACUUUGGCUUCGGCUCUGGCUCGGCAGGUUCCGGGCAGCAGUACAGGCACACUGGCCCAACCAUUGACCCUGAGGAGCUGUUCAGGAAGAUCUUUGGCGAGUUCUCGCAGUCCCCCUUCGGAGACUUUAGCACCGUCUUUGACCAGCCCCAGGAGUACAUCAUGGAUCUGACAUUCAGCCAGGCAGCAAAGGGCGUCAACAAGCAGAUCACAGUGAACAUCAAUGACAAUUGCCAGCGCUGUGAUGGCAAAGGGCAUGAACCGGGCACCAGAGUAGUGCAUUGCUCCUACUGCAACGGGACUGGCACAGAGACGAUCAACACAGGCCCGUUCGUCAUGCGUUCAACGUGUCGGCGGUGCAGUGGGCGUGGCUCAGUUGUAACUAACCCAUGUGUGAUUUGUCGUGGCUCUGGCCAAACCAAACAGAAGAAGAUAGUGAUGGUCCCGGUCCCAGCAGGUGUGGAGGAUGGGCAGACCAUUCGGAUGCCUGUCGGGCGGAAAGAAGUUUUCAUUACCUUCAGGGUUCAGAAAAGCCCCGUGUUCCGAAGAGACGGUGCUGAUAUCCACUCCGACCUCUUCAUCUCCAUAGCACAAGCUCUUCUUGGAGGGACAGCAAGGUCGCCCGGCCUGUAUGAGACGAUCAACGUUCUGAUCCCUCCUGGCAUUCAGGCUGAGCAGAGGAUUCGGAUGAGUGGGAAGGGAAUUCCCAGAGUGAACAGCUACGGUUAUGGAGACCACUACCUUCAUAUCAAGAUCAAAGUGCCCAAGAGGCUGACGGAUCGCCAGCGAGCCUUGAUGUUGAGCUACGCAGAAGAUGAAGCUGAUGUAGAAGGGACUGUGAAUGGCAUCGCCAGCACAACCACUGGUGGCAGGGGCACGGCUAGCACAGGGGCAGGCGAAGAGAGGCCUGAGGCAGGGGACGGCACAGAGGGAUUCCUAGCUAAACUUAAGAAAAUGUUUAGCUUCUGAUUAACUGCACCAGAGGUAAACGUUCCACCGGAAACUAGAUGAUGGGGCAGGAGCAGCUUGGAAGGCGUGAUGGAACUGAAGAGGGAGACGCAUUGAAAGCCCACCGCCCGAUGGCUCCAUUGAAGGAAGGAGGCCUCUCCCCUGGAUGUUACAUUGCAGCCUUUUCAGCCGAAGGAGGGGGGGGGGUUGUGAAAGGGUCUUGGCCUUCCUGGACUUGUUUCUCCCUGAACAGAGCAGACUGCUGGGUGGGUGGGGGGCCCGGAGAGAAAAAAUAAAGCUACCUUGUGCCGA